AUGAAAAAAUUGAAUGAAAUGUGUGGCAGUUUGCUUGCAUUGAAAUUGCAGCACAACUUUGGAAAACCACGACCAAUCCCAGAAAUAAUGCGACUAAGCCACGGCGACAACACAAUGGAGGACGCCCGAAGUCAAGAUCACGUUCAACUCUACCACGACCACGGAUACCAAAAGCAGACGCGACCCAGUAAAGAUUAACUCGGUACCUCAUCAAAAAGAUCUAACAUAUGCAGUAAGUAAUUGCAUUAUAUUUGAUUGUUCUGUUCAACUAUCAAGAGUCCGAUGUUCCCGUCAGAAACGGUAAAUAUCUCACGCAUUUACUGUACCACAUUGACAAUCAUCGUGCAUAAAAUUAAGGAAGUAGUAACUGGGAAACUUUUACACUGAUUUUAAAGGAAACAAAAUAAAAAUGAAAUUAGGAACUCUAAAAUGUUUUAAAACUAACAGCUACCUUAGAACAUGUAAAACUCAAUUUUUUACGUACUCAGAUCCCUCUACAAAACAUAUUUCUAGAGAUUAAGAACUCGUACGUGUCCAUACUAAAUAUGAUUAAUAUUCAAAUUGUGAAGACGAAAUUAAACCUGAACAUAUUGAAAAAUAUACAUGAGUAGUGA